UAUCAGCAGUUCUACAAAGAUUAUUUUUCCAUGUUUUGUAGUGGACAUUAAAUAUUUGCAAGCAUGUUACCGGCCAACUUAUGUCUCGCAUGUGGGAAACAAGAUGACAACGUGCAUCCGUUAUCCAGAAGAGCAACAAAAUAUACAAGCAAAUGUUUUAAGGAUAUGCUGCUUGAAUUAACCCAAAUACAAACAGAUCCACUUUUGGAGCAACUUGACGACAAGCUGCCCCAGGGUAUAUGCAGCGACUGUCUUUGCAAAUUGGAUGAUUCAUACAAAUUUGUAAGUCGGGCGCGACAAGUGUAUGAUGAGCUACUUACCAAGCUACGUAAUGGAUUGCAAAAAGAUUGUCUUGACGAAACUCUGAUUGAUAUGGAAAUUCAUCACAUUAAAAGAGAAACGGACGUUAAUCCAAGUCACGCCUGUGGUGAGAAUGCAACACAUAUCAAUGAUAGUAAUGGUGAAGCGAUUGCUGCAUACAAGUGGCAUGCAGAGAUUGAUAUGGAGAGCACUUAUGAAGAUGUUAACAGGGAAGACUUCGACGGUAAUCCAGCUAAUGAAAAACAAAGCCUUCGGAAGCAACUUAAAGAAAAUGAAAAAACCGCAGGUAAUGUCACCAGGCAGGGACGUCAACGUUCAAAGCAGCAGACCAAAAUGGAGUUCGGAACACUGGAGGGACGUCAUGCCUGCGAGGUGUGUGGAAAAACCUUCUCGUGGCUCCGUGGAAUGCAGCGUCACGCACGAAUUCAUCUCGAGGCGCCCUCUCACGUAUGCGAUACCUGCGGCAAGAGUUUUCUGCGUAAAGACAUGUACACGUUGCAUUUGCGUUCACACACAGAUUCGAGAUGUCAGGCACCUGAUCUUGGCAAUGAAUGGCUCUUUGCCCAACGUCUGUACAGCUCUACUCCCCUCACAUGUAUUAAGUGCAAAUUGUGCGGCUUGAAGUGUGACCGAAUUAAACAGCUUCGAGUGCACUUGGCAGAGCAUAUUAGCCCAGAGACCCUGUGCAAUCUUAGGUUAGACAGCGAUCUUGUGAAAGAGCAAUUUGGCCUACAACACACACAAGUAAAUAUGACCGAUAUCAAAAGGCAGGUGUGUUCUGAUAUUGCUAAAGGUGACCAACUGGACAGGUAUUGUGAGGUGGUUAAUGCGCAUGGCUAUGAGAUAAGUCUCAGCGAUUCUGAUGAAGAAGUAGAGGACCUGACAGCUCCAUACCAAUGUCUUAGCUGUAACACUUUCUAUACGCGCAAGUUUAUGAUAAUUCGUCAUACUCUGGAGCAGCACCCCGAAAGUUGCCAACGAUGUGACAUUUGUCAAAUUGGUUUUGUUUGCGAUAAGCUACUGGAUCAGCACAGGCGCACACAGUGCCACAGUCCCCUAAAGCGUUACAAUUGUCGUGAUUGUCCUGGCAAGUUUAUUUGGAAGCAGAAUUGCGAUAGGCAUGCUUGUAUCCAGAAUAAGUUGCAGUCAGACACAGUUGACGUUAAACCGCGCCAUACUAGGCUGGGUAGAAAACGAAGCCCAACUUCCAGUAAGCUGCAGUGCCCUGAGUGCGACAAGGUCUUCAUUUGGCCAAAGGAUUUAACGCGUCACAAACGCAUGCAUCAGCCACAGACUUGUGCACAAUAUGAAUGCACUCACUGUGAACGAAAAUUCUAUCGCAAGGAUGGUCUCAAAUCCCAUUUGCGCGUGCACGGCGAGCAUCUUGACACAGCUUUAGUAUUAAGCACUUCGACCAGCGAGCAGCAAACGGCAACGCCAAUAAUGCUUCAGCAACUGAGCCAAGCCAAUGGCUGCAAGUUGAUUCAGUGCAUGAUUUGUUUCUCACGACACGCAAGAAUCUCGGAUCUACGGCAUCAUUUGUCCAUCCAUCAGUCUGGAGUUAAAUUUGAGAACAUCGAGAACAUUGCUGACAUCUCUCGUGCUCUAUAUCCAGAAAUUAGCGUGCCUUUUGAAAAGUAUCAGCUUAUUCAACGAAUCCAAAGUGAUGUGACAAAUGGCGUGGAGCUGGAUAGAUUUAUAUCCAUUACGAAUGAGAUCGGCAUUGAAUUAAGCUUGGAAAGUAGUGAAACUGACUCUGACUUGGAAAGUGAAGUUGCAGCUGUUAUUAAAGAUCGGAUAUACAGUUGUGAUCUUUGUCAGUUCAAGGUAGGGCGAAAACAUCAACUUUACGCCCAUCAGCUGAAACAACAUGAGUGGUCACAUGCCCCACGCAAGUGCGUCCUAUGUCAGGCAAGAUUUGUCAAUAACCAGCUCCUGCAACACCAUUAUCGCUCGUUCUGUCGGAAUGCGCAAAAGCCAUUCUUCUGCCAUAAGUGUCCGUUACGAUUUCGUUGGCGUGAUAAUCUAAAGUUGCAUAUCGCAUUAACACAUCAGGAAGUAGCUGAUAGUGGUGAACAGUCGCAGGAUAAGCUUCCAAUGAGUGCGACUGUUGACAGUUAUGAGUGCGUUGAGUGCAAGCGCACCUUUAAAAUCCAAAAGGAUCUGACGCGGCACAUGCUGAUACAUGCCCAUGAAUCAAGCAAGUAUCGUUGCCGCUGGUGUGCACGCCGUUUUUAUCACAAGCUAAAUCUCUUGCAGCACCUUAAACGACAUGGCAUCAAUGCUGCCCAACUGCCUUACGCCGAGGCAUUGUUGAAUGCCACAUGUCAGCCACACGGACGUAAGUGUAUCGAGUGCAAGGUUUGCGAGCAGAGUUUUGGCAGCAUUGCUGCACUUCGACAGCAUCUAUUGACAUCUGCGCCAGGCACACACCACGCAAUCGACUCCAUGCUUAACUACUCGAUCACCAAUCAGCUUGGCUAUGAGCUGCAGCUCGAAGAUUCUGAAACGGAUGAUGAGACUAAUUCGCUCGGCACUUUGCGCCAGUACACCUGCAGCAUUUGCCAUCUGCGUUGCUCACGCAAGUAUGAGUUGCAUCAGCAUCAACAAGCCAUGCACCGAUUGGAACGCAUCAGUGAUGGUUGCAAUCUGUGUAUCUACAAGAGCGUCUCCUUGGAGCUUAUAAAAUACCACCAACGUCUGUUGUGUGAAAAUUUGGAAAAACAGUUCAAGUGCUUAAAGUGCGAAUACAAGUUUAUGUGGGAGUCGAAUCUUUUGCGGCACUUGCAGCUACAGCAUCCUAGCACUGACGACAAUUCAAAGGAUGCGCCAGCAAAAUCCACCCAAAACGAAUCAAAAGCCGAGUGUCAAAUCUUUCAGUGCGGCCAGUGUACCCGUAAAUACAACCGUAAGGAUCGCUUGGCGGCGCACGUGAAGAAAUGCCAUGCACCUGGUGCAUUAUUUAACUCAACUAAAGCUGCAGCAUCAUCUCAGAACACUAAGCAUCAGAAAAGCUUUCUCUGCGCUUUCUGCGGGAAAGCAGUAAGUUCGUCCUCUAAUCUUAUUAUACACAUACGUCGUCACACCGGCGAAAAACCGUUCAAGUGCGACUUUUGUGAUAUGGCAUUUCCGCGUUCCUCCGACCUCCAGGUUCAUAGACGCACCCACACUGGUGAGCGGCCUCACAUUUGCACUGUAUGUCAAAAGGGAUUCGCACGCUCUUACAAACUUCAGCAGCAUAUGCGUAUCCACAGCGGUGAGCGUCCAUAUAAGUGCACCUAUUGCGACAAAAGCUUCACACAAUCCAAUGAUUUGACGCUACACAUCAGACGCCAUACGGGUGAACGCCCAUAUGAGUGCGAUACCUGCGGUGAUCGUUUCAUUCAAGGAACUGCACUUAAAAAUCAUCGUAUGCAGCAUGGUCACAAUCAGGUCGAUAAAUAGUAAGAAAGUAAAAAACUAAUAUUAAAACUGAGAUAUAUACAUAUAUAUUAAAAAAAGAUAAUAUUGAUAUUGACCAAUGCACUUUGAGGGGAAAAACGGUUAUU